CAUCUUGCCUCUGCUUUCCGGGGGUCGACGAGCAGCUCUCCUCCAGGCCGUCACGGCCGCCUUCAGGAUCGACCCCACGCCGUGUGUUUUUCAUUGGUUCGCCGCAGAAUGGCCGACACCGAGUUCGAGGAAUUUCGACAUUACUUUGAAAGACUUCCGCAGCAUCUCAAGGCACCGCUCUCCAAUUACACGCUUGUUCACGAUGUGAUGAUAGACGAUUCGCCGACCUCGUCGCAGGAUAGCGAUGCGGAGGUCGAGAGAUCUUGCGACGGAGUCGCUGUCGAUUCCGAGGAUGAGGAAGUGGUGGUCAUUCAUCGGCACGACAACCAAAGCGGACAUACUUCUGGAGAUGAUAGCGAAGAUCUUGAUCAUAAUUGUUCCAUUGUAGCUGAUAGCGACUUUAGGUUGGUAACCUCCUUGUUCGGUGGACUGAGCAGCAGGGGUCGAUCAGCAGGCGUCGGUGGACCGGGUCCUGGUGGAGGUAGUACUGCCGGAUCCGGUAACGGUGGUAGAGAUAGCGUAGUCAGCGACGUCGGAGAUUCCUGCUCGAGUUUGAGUUCCUGGCCGACACCGGAACACGUGCCCUCGAAUCGUCCCGGAAGCGGUAGCACCGAGCGCAGACGUCGAAGAUUACCGGAAAUUCCUAAAACGAAAAAAUCUCUACCUAUUGGACAAACGUCUAUGCAGUCCUCGUCGUCUCUGGCAGACGAAUUGAACGCAGCAACUGGUUCUAAUUCCAAUCGACCGCAUUUAGUUUUACGAAAAUGUCACUCGAGGCUUCGUCAUGAGGAUAGCUCACCCGAUAGCGAGCGAAUGGCCACCGACAGUGGCCAUUCCACUGCUCACUCGCCAGAAAAUGGGCCAAAAAGUGUAUCGCCGAUACCUUGUAACACAUUACAGAAUACGGACUCUGUUUCGCCGAGUAGUACACCAGGAAGCGGCGGUGUACCGUUUACUCAACUGGAACUAUUGGAGGCAACGCAUCGAGGAUUGCACAAAUUCGUGCCAAGACAUCACGAUGAGAUCGAUCUUGAAAUUGGCGAUCCUAUUUACGUUCAAAAAGAAGCUGACGACCUAUGGUGUGAAGGUGUGAACCUGAGAACAGGUCGACAAGGUAUCUUCCCCUCGGCUUAUGCGGUUGAUAUGGAUUACAGUGAUUUUGAUCCAUCGGCGCCAAAAGUGAAAAGGGAACGAUACCUUUUAGGUUAUUUGGGUUCCGUAGAGACGUUGGCACACAAAGGUACUGGUGUUGUUUGUCAAGCGGUUCGAAGAAUCGUUGGAAAUUCACAAGAGUCACCCGUUUCGCAAAGUUGUAUCUUGGAAGUAUCCGAUCAAGGUCUUCGAAUGGUCGAUAGAAGUAAACCACGGAAAAAUCAAGGACCUUGCCAUGACUAUUUCUACUCGCUUAAGAAUGUCUCAUUUUGCGCCUUUCAUCCUCGCGAUCAUCGCUACCUCGGCUUCAUCACGAAGCAUCCUACCUUGCAAAGGUUCGCUUGCCACGUGUUCAUCGGCCAAGAAUCCACGAGGCCCGUUGCCGAAGCUGUCGGGCGUGCUUUUCAUCGGUUCUACACGAAGUUCAUCGAGACUGCUUUCCCGAUAGAGGAUAUUUAUAUCGAAUAGAUUAUACUGCUGGCCUGUCGUAUAGCGGCUAUGGAGGAAAUGAUAAAUCUCACAUUCCUUUGUCCCCCUGUACAUACUGCCCUUAGUUGUAGAUAACUAAAAGAAAAAAAAAAUGAUUAACGCGAAUCAAACACCCAAUUUCGAGCAACUUCGGGAAGCGUCACGACGGGACCGACUAUUCUAUGUCGUCUAAUUUUGUUUUAACAAUUUACAAUUUAAUUUAUUAUAUUUUAUAUUUCGAUUGGUUUUCGUUUCUUAUCCACUUCCAAACUACUUAUCACUUAUUCCAUUUACGCACGAAUCGAUCCAUCGUUACCAUGAACAAUUUCAUUAAUCACAAUGAAAAUCUUUUCACUUUCGUUUCUUUUCAUUUCUGCGAUGGGACGCGGUGACUUGAACUCCGGGUGAAAAAAAAAUCUUUAAUAUUUAAAUAACUACUAAUACUAAUUACUUACCAGAUAAGAAUUAAUCGCUAACCUUUCGAUCCUUCGACCAAAUAUCCAUAUAGCGACACGUAGAACGAGACAAAAACAGACAAUAGUGUGGAUCGUUCCAAUGUUUUAUUUUUUUAAAUAAGAAAAAUCGAACAAUUUCGUUUGAAUUCUUUUUUUUUCCUUUUUUUUUUUUUUUUUUUAUCGUGUCAACAGAUCGAUUUUAUUUCAACCGUCUAAACGUUUCGAAUUUGCUUUCGCUCCGAAUUACGUUUAAAUUAUGGCAACGAAAGAAUAUCGUUUUCCACGAGAAAGAAAGAAAACGAUCUCCAAACGCGCCAAGAGAUAUUAUUGUAUUGUAUUUAGAGACACGUCUAUUUUUCUAUCUUUCUUUUUGAAAGAAUCGUUAUUAAUUAUAGAUUGCGUUGUAAACUAUAAGGCUUAACGUUUUACGAUCUAUUCAAUUCAACGCGAGCUCUGGACGAUUCGAAUCGCAAAACGACGAUUGAUCGAAACGCACAUUGGCCUCCCUGAAUCUCGAUUAUGACUAUCGAUUGUACUGCGUUGCAGCGUUUCGCGAACUUUCAUGCAGUACGAAUCAAAUCGCACGCACCGAACGAUAAAAUAUCGAUCUAUAAUAUAUAUAUAAAAAAGAAAAAGAAAUAUAUAAAUAAUCGCGAUUAUUAAUUUGUACCAUUCUUAUUCUAAUGUUCGAUCGUGUGUCUCAUGAUAAGUCUCGUACGAAAUUUCUUACCUAUUAAACCUAUUUCUUCGAUAUAUUUGUCUUAUAACCAAAAAUUUUAUUAUGAAUUAUUUCAAAUUACUUUCUUUUCUUGUACAUGUUAAAAUUUAAUCAAUCUUUUUCACUAUUCAUUUAUACGAUUACGUGCUUGGGAUUUGAUCCACGCUGUACACGUAUUGAACUGCUCGGUUAUACAGUGUGUUGAAUAAAAAUUGAGAGACAAAUUGCAGUGCUUACUCAUUGCUAGGAGACUCUUGUCUGCACCAUCGUCUAUCAAUUAUACGUGCCUUUGAUUGAGAUCGCCUCGAGUAUCGUGCCUUUCCGAUUAUUUUCUCAUACAGGUACAAAUUAAUAUCAUCCGCGUGUGUAUAAGUCACUUAUUCUUGAAUUUUUUCAUAAACUGCAUCAUCGAGUAGAAUAAAAAGGUGCGUGAUGCAAAAAA